UGAUAUGUUAAUAAAUUAUACAAUUUAGAACUAUAAUAAUUUACAUCUAUGUAUUUAUUUCAUAAAGACAUACCAAUAGUGUGCAUAUGCGAACAUAAAGUAUCAAUGCGUUUUGAAACUGCCGCCACGCUACCUCUUACUUCGCGGGAAAUUACAUUAGGCCUAAUCACAGCUACGUUGUGCAACUAAGAAAUCGCGUGUAUGUGCAUACAAAAAGGUUUGGUAUUGUACAGUGGUUAGCCACGCAUGUGCACAUAGAAAACAGAAAGAAGAUCCGUUGUGUAUGCAUGCAGUUUCAAGUGGUGUGCAGAUUUAGGCGCGCACAUCGAAUGAUCUCGAACAUCGCGUGCCCUCUUCCGCUGAUUCAGUUUAUUAGGAAGUAACCAACGGAGUGGAACGUCGCCCAUCGUUGUGCUGUAGGAGUCACGAGAAAUUAUCAAAAUGCAACCUCAAAUAAUCCUGUUGAAAGAGGGGACAGAUACGACCCAGGGUAAGCCUCAACUUAUAUCGAACAUAAAUGCGUGCCAAAUGGUGGUGGAUGCUGUCCGAACAACCCUUGGCCCUCGGGGUAUGGACAAGCUCAUCGUAGAUCAAAAUGGCAAGAGCACUAUUUCAAACGAUGGUGCCACAAUUUUGAAACUGCUGGACAUUGUACAUCCUGCGGCAAAAACAUUGGUCGACAUAGCUAAGUCACAAGAUGCUGAGGUCGGAGAUGGCACAACAAGUGUUGUCCUAUUGGCUGGGGAAUUCUUGAAGCAGGUAAAACCAUUCAUAGAGGAAGGUGUACAUCCUCGAAUUAUUAUCAAAGCCUUUCGACGUGCAACUCAGCUCGCUAUUGAGAAGAUUAAUUCUCUCAGUGUUAAAAUCGAGAAAUCCAACAUCAAAGAGCACAGAGCUUUGUUGGAGAAGUGUGCUGCCACUGCAAUGAGUUCAAAACUUAUUCAUCAACAGAAGGACUUUUUCAGUAAAAUGGUUGUGAAUGCUGUUCUGCAAUUGGACGAGCUUCUCCCACUUAACAUGAUUGGUAUUAAGAAGGUGGCUGGUGGUUCUCUGGAAGAUUCUCUCCUAGUCGCCGGUGUAGCUUUCAAAAAAACAUUCUCGUAUGCUGGCUUUGAAAUGCAGCCAAAGACAUAUAGACCAUGUAAAAUUGCUUUAUUGAAUAUUGAAUUGGAGCUUAAGGCAGAGCGGGAUAAUGCCGAGGUCAGAGUGGACAAUGUGGCAGAAUAUCAGAAGAUCGUCGAUGCAGAAUGGCAAAUUUUGUAUCAGAAGCUGGACAAAAUCCACCAAAGUGGAGCUAAUGUUGUGCUGUCUAAGCUGCCGAUAGGAGAUGUAGCAACCCAGUACUUUGCAGACAGAGACAUGUUCUGUGCUGGCCGUGUUCCCGACGAGGAUUUGAAGAGAACCAUGAAGGCUUGCGGUGGUGCAGUCAUGUCGACUGUCCACGAUAUAAAUGACGCUAUUCUCGGAAAAUGUGAAUCCUUUGAAGAGAAGCAAAUUGGUGGAGAGAGAUUCAAUUUCUUUGCUGGGUGCUUGAACGCUAAAACUUGCACCCUCGUCCUACGAGGAGGUGCUGAACAAUUCUUGGAAGAGACCGAAAGGUCCCUUCACGAUGCCAUUAUGAUUGUCAGACGUACAAUAAAGAACGAUGCGGUUGUUGCUGGCGGUGGUGCUAUUGAGAUGGAACUAUCACGCACCCUCCGUGAUUAUUCGCGUACCAUUGCUGGAAAAGAGCAGCUUCUUAUUGGAGCAAUUGCACGUGCCUUGGAAGUUAUUCCCAGACAACUUUGCGACAAUGCCGGAUUCGAUGCGACGAAUAUUCUUAACAAAUUACGGCAGAAACAUCAUCAAGGAAACAAAUGGUAUGGUGUUGACAUCAACUCUGAGGACAUAGCAGAUAAUCUAGAAGCCUGCGUAUGGGAGCCAGCUAUUGUAAAAAUUAAUGCAUUGACGGCCGCGAGCGAGGCUGCUUGUCUUAUUCUGUCUGUCGAUGAGACAAUUAAAAAUCCAAAAAGUGGAGGAGGGGAUGCACCUCAAAUGCCGGUAGGCCGCGGCAUGGGAAGACCUAUGUAAUUAUUACAUUUAUGUGAAAAACUUGUCGACAAAAAACAAAUGGUAAAUUGCAACUACAGUUUCAUAAUCUUAGCUGAAUAAGAUGUCCAUCUAUUCCAUUAUCGAGUUUACCAAUUUAAGCAGGAACGUUGUUUGAAGACAGUUUGUGCAAAUGUGUUGAAUGAGCAACGAUAUCAGAUCAGAAAUCAUAAACGUUUCGCAGAGGCAGUGUUAUCUUCGAAUUUUCAUCACAUUGGGGCUGUAUUCUACUUAAUCAACAUUACCGCCUUCUCACUUAACUAAUAGUUACAAAAAUUCAUUGCUUGAGUACUAUAAUCUAGCAGCAAUCGCAGCACCUGGCAAGAGUUUAUUUAUUGUUCGAUUGAACGAAUAUCACAUCGCCUGGUGAAUAAUUCUUCCUGUACGGAUUUCAUCUAUCAACUAUCCAACCGAUUGUAGGAUACAUUUAGCAAGUUUUUUAAAUGCAACUACUGUUCAUUAUGUCUACUUUUAUAGUUUGUACCACACCAUAAUUAUUGCCAAACAAUAAAUAAAAGUUUAAUAU